GAGCGGAAAAGAAGCUUCAUAGCCGCCAUUUUGCACAGUCUCAACGAGCGGUACGGGCUGCGCCAACGCAUGCCUGCCUUUAAAGUCGGCUUAUUUUCAAGUCCUAGUGGACAUUUUGAAACCCUUUGUUAUUGUCAAGUCCAGAACCGAGUAGCGUCGUGUAACCGGCUAGAAAAAUGAGUUACGGCCGGCCGCCGCCAGACGUGGAGGGGAUGACCUCCCUGAAAGUGGACAACCUGACCUACCGCACCUCGCCGGAGACCCUGCGCCGCGUGUUCGAGAAGUACGGGCGGGUGGGAGACGUCUACAUCCCCCGGGACAGAUACACCAAGGAGAGCCGCGGCUUCGCCUUCGUGCGCUUCCACGACAAGCGCGACGCCGAGGACGCCAUGGACGCCAUGGACGGCGCGCUGCUCGACGGCCGGGAGCUCCGCGUGCAGAUGGCCCGCUAUGGCCGGCCCCCGGACUCCAUGUACAGCCGCAGGGGAGCGCCGCCGCGCAGAUACGGAGGACGCUCAGCAAGCCCCCGUCGGCGUAGGCGCAGUCGUUCCAAGAGCAGGAGCCGCUCCCGAUCCAGGAGUCGCCGUCGCUACAGCCGCUCCAGGUCCCGCUCCUACUCCAGGUCGCGGUCCAGGUCUAAGUCCAAGUCUAAGUCCAAGUCCAGGACCCCUCGCAGGAGCAAGUCCAAGUCCCCAUCUAGGUCCCGGUCUAAGUCAAGGAGUCACACCCCGCCUUCCAACCGAGGGUCCAGAUCCAGGUCAAAAUCCAAGAGCCGGCCCAAGUCUCCAGAGGACUUCGAAGGAAUCCCCUAAGUUGGAUGCGGCACAACGGUAUUUGAGGGGAUGGGUGGAACUUAUUUGACAAAUGCAAAUGUGUUUUUUGCUGACUUGGUGUUGCCGUUGUGACUUUCACAUGUGCCACCACGUCAGCAGAAGCGUCACCAUAUUUAGAAAUGGUAAAUACAAUUUGGCUCUCAACAGCGUGUGCUGUAGUAUAAAACGCACACGUAUGCAACCAAGAGUUUGUAGAUGUUGCCCAUAAGCAUCCAAAUUUGGGGUAUGUGAGUGUAUAUGGGUGUGAUUCACUCAAACGUUCACCUAAAUGUGGAAUUCUUUCCUCCAAGCUGCUGAGUCCUGUUUGCAAAGAGAGGAGAAGGAGAUGGGGGUGUGGCAGUAUGAGAGCAGUUGUAGUGUGUGGCCCGCCCAUGUGACCUGCCUGUUGCUGAGGGCGACGGCAGUUGCUAAGGAGCUGGUCACCCAGGCAACGGUUGGUUGCUCAGGAGCAGGUCGUCAUGGCGGUGGUGCGGGGCUGUCAGUUGGUGUUUGAGGUGGUGUGGUGAGGUACGUUCACGGGGAUCGCUGGCGGACGCGCUCGGCCCGCCCGUGCGUUCCCUUCCGCCCCUCACAAGGGAAACGCGCCGCAGCCUAAGGUUUGUUUUCUAAUAUGUCCGCGUGCAAAGAGCUAGUCUUGUGGUUCCAUGGAAGGUGCCUAACCAGUAAGGACAAUACAGGACAUGUUAGGUGUAAAACUUGAUUUAUUUAGAACAUGCACACAAUAGGAAAUGAUGCUGCGUCUUUGUGUGUUGCCCUUGCUGACUGUGCUGUGUCUUAUUUUUCCAGAUUUCAGAUGAAUGAUGGUUUGCCAAGGACGUCAGGAAGAGUCUCAAUGAUCAAGGGGACUCCACUGUUGCCACUGAAUGCAGACUGAAAGGUUAUUUGGAACAUAUUCUAAAAUGUUUUCAAAAGUUAAUUUACCCAAACAAAUGUCAUUGUCAGCGUUUACGUAAACGAGUCUUUAAGAGAUUUGUACGCUUUUUUUUUUUUUGUCCGCCUCCAUUUAAAAUUGCCAUAUCAAUUUUUGGAUUGAUACUCUUCAAUAAACCUUGUUUGAGUUAUUUCUUUUGAUAGACUGUUAUUCUUUUUCCACCCCUCAAAUAGUUAUGAUUUCCAGAGAUUGUCAGUUUUAAAAAUGUUUCCCAUUCAACUGGACAACUGUACAAUAAUGCAUCUUGUGAGUGUGGCUUUGUUUUGUUAAUUGUGACUGCAACGUUUGCUUUUUCUGUCAACUCUGUCUGGUUAAAGUUGCUUCCUAUGACUCUAACCCUCUUUCUUGUGUAUCUUUUGUGCACUAGGCGCAGUUGUGUAGCAGUUGAGUAAUGCUGGUUAGCUGUUAAGGUGCAGUGCGGUGGUGACAUGGUGUGGCGUGUUGCGGUGCUGAGUGCCCGGCACUGUUCCGGGGCUCGACCCUCCGCUGCGGUUUGUAAGCUCACAAGUGUGGCAGAUCAUCCCCCCUCCUUACCUCCCCUUCUCUCUCCUGGUCUCGUUCCCUUUUGAUUACCCUCUUGUGUCGUUCCUUACUCUCCCCCCCGCCCCCUGUCUGGUUCAUCAUUGGGUUUUUGGGACGUGGGUCCAGUGUGGCUCACAUGGAAGGGUUGACUUAAAAAAACAAAAAAGCCACUUUUGGCUGCCUCAUCACAUCUUUUGUGCAACGCAUUCCCCUGAUAACCUCUAAUUCUGUGUUUACUUCAGGAGAAUGCCAAUAAACAUUUUAGUUUGAAA